AUGUCGACACCCUCUAGCCUGUCGAUAACCCCUCGUGGCACGCCUAAUGGCAACCGUACCAGAGUACUCUGGGCCAGGGUUGGCGUACCGAAGCCUAAAGGGAAAAGAUCUCGCGCUGUGAAGUCCAAGCUAAUUGCCAGUGAAGGAUGUAUUGCAUGGUAUGUUUACCUGUCCCAUUUUGAGAUGCCCGAGCUGAUUGCCAAUUACUGGGAUAUAGUAAAGAAGCCGUAA